GGUCGUCGGGUUGUGUUUUCCGUUGUGAACGCUACACCUGCGUGGUAGUGUUCGAGUUACAGCCCUAUACAAACUUAAAAUCCCUAGAAAUGGUCGAUAUUGAGUUAAAUGAAACCAGUGACAAUAAGGUGACUGCAGUUACCAAUGGCGACUUGUCAAAAGGAGAUUCUUUGAGCAAGUCGGAAGAUGUUCAAGAUGAAACGCCUUACACAGUUAAGAUAAUUCCAACCCAUUCAGAUCCUUUCGAGUUACAAGUAAUAAGUACUAAUAAAAUUUCACUAUUGUUAAGGUGAGCUCUUUUGAGCUCGUUCAAGAAAUUCAUCGUGUGUUAAUGGAUCGAGAAGAAACAUGCAGUUGCACUUGCUUUUCUUUGGUUCUAAACGGUCAGACACUAGAUAUGUUUGCAGAGUUAAAGUCAGUCGAUGGUUUGGCUGAUGGCGUCGAACUGAAAGUUGUGGAAGGUAGUCGAUGAUUGUGUUUACUAAGCUCCUAUUUCAGAGCGCUAUAGUGUUCGUGAAGCCAAAAAUCAUGUUCGACAUAUCCAUGAUCUCCUUCAUUCAGUCGAGCCUAACGAUGCAUACGCAGGUAGAGAACAGAUGUCCCUAUCAUUUGUCAAUUCAGUAGCGGGAGAGCUAGAACGCAAACAUUUCCCUACUCGGUUAGAUAUGCGCAUUGAUUUCAUACCACCUGAAUAUGUUAUGCCCGGUUUUGGUGCAAACACCAACCUCCCAUUAUUGCCUUUACAUCCUUUGGAUCGUGAUGGAAAGCCAGUUAAGUGCGUUCGCCAACUUAAUUAUAGUAAUUGGAACCCCCCACCACCUGCAAGACGACUCUUAGGAGAUCUGAUUUAUUUAUUUUUUCAUACGUUAGAGGACAAAAAGUACCAUAUAACUGCUUGUCCCAGAGGAUUUUAUGUAAAUAUGUCCACGGAUGAUCAGUUUAAUCCCCACCCCAUACAACAUGCUUAUGUGGCACAUUCUCUGAUCGAUCUCCUGCGUCAACUUAGCCCAGGAUUCAAGCGCAAUUUUGAGUCCCUUUUAAAAAAUCGAGCUGCUAAACAUCCAUUUGAACGUGUUCCGACUCCGUAUCAAGUUCAUUCCUGGUUAGCGCCACUAGUUGAACAUUCCCCAGAUUCUGUAAGAAAAGAAGAAGCGUUUUCUUCUCGCAUGGCGUGCGAAGAAAAUUUGCCCGGUCAAACUAGGGACUGGAACGAAGAGCUACAAGUUACGCGUGAACUUCCACAGACACGUCUUACAGAGCGGCUACUUAGAGAUCGUGCUAUUUUCAAAUCAAACAGUGAUUUUGUUGCUGCAGCAACUCGUGCUGCUGUUAGCGUAGUAAAUGGAGAUAUUAUGGCUAUUAACCCAGGAGAAACACGUAAACAACAAAUGUUUAUAUGGAAUAAUAUGUUUUUCUCACUUGGAUUUGAUGUUAAAGAUCAUUACAAACAUUUCGGCGGUGAAUAUGCCGCAUAUGCUGCCACAUCUAGUGAUUUGUGUGGAGUACGUGCAUAUUCGAUGCUAGAUCAACCUGGACUGUAUACUCUUGGGACAGCUAUUAUUGAUUACCGUGGUUUUCGCGUUACCGCUCAAACAAUCAUACCAGGUAUUUUGGAGAAAGAACAAGAACAGUUAGUUGUUUAUGGUUCAAUUGAUUUUGGUAAGACAGUGCUCACCGAUAAACGUUAUGAAGAGUUAUUGUCUAAAACGGCUAAACAAUUGAAAAUCAAGCCACACAAGGUUGUCAAUCAGUCAGGUGAUGCAAUACAGUUAUAUUCAUCUGUGGAUUGUAAAGGAAUUGUUGGAAAUGAUAAUCGAACUUAUAUUCUGGAUUUACUACGUACUUUCCCACCAGAUCUAAACUACUUAGAUAAUGGUAGUGAUAUACGACCUCAAUUGUCUCCUGAAUUGGUGAAAUUAGGUUAUCCUUAUCAACACCGACAUAUGUUGGCGACUUUAAGACAAGAGUUGAUCGAGGCAUUUUUUGACCAUCGUUAUGAAAAGUUUCUACGUCUGGCUGCUCUAGAGAUUCAGAAGGGUAAAUCUUCCUUAAAAGGUGAAUGUGAUGAUCAGGAUGCUGCUAGUGUGCAAAAUGGACAAGCUAACUGUUCAAACACUAAUGAUGAUCCCUUAUCUCCCAAAGAUAGUCUAAUUACAACCAAACACCAAAUAGACCACCAUGAUGUUACUGGACACUCCAGUAAUGCUUUAAACUCAGGGAUUGGGACAAUAAAGUCUCCAAGCAAGAAUCAGUCAGAUGAUUUAAGCCUGAUGAAAAGAUUACUAGAAGAUGAUCAAGACACACAAAAAAAUGACGUAAUUCGAGAAGCUAUCCGCAAAGCAGCAGCAGCUGUCGGUUCUCUGAGUACAGAUCGUUUUGAGCUUACAUUCAAUCCUGAUAUUUAUCAGAAAUUUGUCAAAUUUUGUGAUUCAGAAGAACAAUCACUAACAGUUGAUCAAGAACUAGUAUGCAGUGCUUGCGAAUUUCUGGUUUUAAAACAAAUUCCAGCAUUUGUUAGAGACGCGUUAAAUUUGUGCAUCACUCCUCAAGAUGGUAGAGCUCUGAUAGAGUUAAUGCAUCAGCGUGGCAUUAAUGUGCGUUAUUUGAAUCGUGUAAUCGAAUCAGUCAGCAUUCACCAGUCGUUAGGUUAUCUCAAAAAAAUGGCUAUUUGCGAAGUUUUGUUACGGUCUGCAAAACAUUUAUUUAAAACAUAUCUUCAAGAUGUUGAUCCUAUGCUUCUUUCUGUUGGGGUUGCUCAUUUUCUCAACUGUUUUCUAACAGCAUGUCCUAAUCUUACACCGUUACUUGGGAUUGAUGAGCAAGUCCUCAAACUGAAUCGUAAUAAAAAGAAUAAGAAGAAAUUGAAAAAUCUUCGUGAAUCACCAGAAGAAAUGGCAUGGCUUAAUGAAACACAUUCCAGUUUAUGGUCUGAAAUAAUUAAAGAAGCUAAGGAAUAUUAUCAUUAUCAAAUAACUGCGUUAGACAUUGAUGAAUUCUGUAAGAUUUAUGAAGUUCAACGUAUUCAGCUUCUUAGAACAUUUUGUACAUCUGUUGGUAUUCAGCUACUUUUACGCGAGUAUAAUCUCAAUCUACCGAAUGGUGCUAAACAUCAUCAAAAACCGGUAUUUAAUACUGAAGAUAUAAUAUCUCUUUAUCCAAUAGUGAAACAUUUACAUCCUCAUGCAACUGAUGCUUAUCACUAUUUUACAACUGGUCAAGCUCGAAUUUCUGCUGGUCAUCUUCAAGAAGGAUUUGAGUUAAUUAAUGAAGCUUUAAGUCUUCUGAAUGGUGUAUAUGGUCCUCUUCAUCCUGAUAUUGGUGCUUGUAAUCGUCUUUUAGCUCGUUUAUCUUAUGUCAUGGGUGAACAUGAAGCUGCAUUAUUAUUUCAGCAUCGUGCUACAAUGAUUAGUGAACGUGUACACGGAAUUGAUAAUCCGAAUACAGCUACUGAAUAUAUACAUUUCUCACUUUAUGUAUUCGCUUGUGGACAUAUAUCUACUGCUUUACAAUUACUUUAUCGAGCUCGUUACAUAGCACUCUUAUGCCAUGGUGAAUGUCAUCCUGAAAUAACACAAAUAGACACUAAUAUCGGUUUAAUGUUACAGUUGGUUGGUGAAUUAGAUUUGGCUUUAAUCUUUUUCGAGAAUGCAUUAUCUUUAAUUAAAUUAUUUUAUGGUGAACGAAAUUUGAAAGAAGCUUUCACUUGUCAUUUAAUCAGUCUUACGUAUACCUAUCGCGGCGAUUUUCGUACUGCUCUUGAUUAUGAAAAACGUCGUUUUCUAAUAUACAAAGAACGUUUAGGUCCAGAUAGCGAUUAUACUAAAGAUAGUGAUGAAUGUUUGCGACAACUUACCCAACAAGCUGUGACAAUUGCACGUAAAGUAGCUGAACUCACAGCAACUGCCUCCACAACAAAGCCAAUUGGAAGUGGUGAUUCUUCUUCGUCCACUGGUCAUUUGAAUUCACAUUCAACUAACAAUCAUCUUUCUAUCAGUGAAUCACUUGUUGCUAAGGCAGUUUUAUCAAAUGCAUUCUGUGGUGGUGUUAAUGGGAAUGUCAACGCUACUGGGGGUAGUGGUGGUUCAUUAACUUUGCCUAUGCCAACUGUUUCUUCAAUUUUAGAAACUCUCAAUCGUGUAAAUGGAAUAUUAGUUAUACAAAUAAGGUAAGCAUAAGAAAAUUAUUUUAGUUAUCGUUACAAUUGGAAUUAGUGUAGGUUUGUAUAGGUACUAUGUUAGAGGGAUUAAGAUAUUACCUAGGACUGGCCAACGGAGUGAAGGUCAGCAACAUAACAACAGGACAAGCUAAGCUAUUCGACUGCACCUCAGCCUUGCUAAUUAAAGGAAGACCAUGUUCAACUGGGAAAAUAUGUAAUUCCACAAGCAACCCGGAAGAAAGAACAGCAGGCACACAGCUCAUGUGUAUAUAUACAGUACAAAAAAUGUCCGUAGAAAGCGUCACAAAAUAGCGUACUAUAAAAGGAAACGAACCAGUUGCAUUUAAAGUCCUCCCAGGUGAGAAACAAAAUUGAAUGUAAGAAUAGGCUCUUUCGGUGUGAAAUUAAAAUAUUCGAAUCUAGCAUUCCCAACAAUGUGUUUUUGGUCAGAAAAUGCGCUGAAUUCAUAUCAAUUUGUAUUAUAAAUUUUAUUUCAUUCAUUAAUAGUUGUUAAUAUGCAUGACGCCUUGAUUUUAUCAUCAUAUAAUAGAGUGAUUGUUUCUUUUGAAAAAUAACUAUCACACGCAGUUAAUAAACAAGACAGUCCGUUCUGUCUUACUUUACGGCAGCGAAACAUGGCCUUUAAGAGUGGAAGACACCCGUAAGCUACUAGUAUUUGACCACAGAUGCCUUAGAAAUAUUGCUGGCAUCUGCUGGGAUCACCAGGUAAGUAAUAGUGAGGUUAGACGCAGGGUAUUAGGUAAUGAUGGUAAAUCAGUUGAUGUGGUUAUGAAUCUUCAUCGACUGAGAUGGUUGGGCCACGUAUUACGUAUGCCUGAACACCGAUUACCACGACGUGCAAUGCUAACCGGUGUAGGGGAUGGUUGGAAGAAAGUUAGGGGCGGCCAAACCAAAACGUGGCAUCAGUGCCUGAAGUCACUAACUUCUAGUCUGAGCCAUGUUGGUAGAUGCAGACUACUUGCUUGGGGUCCGCGUGACCAUCGUAACCAAUGGUUGGAGACCCUUGGUGACAUGGCUCAGAAUCGAUCACAAUGGCGUCGGUGUAUACACUCCCUGUCUUCCCUUAAACUAAGAGAGUAAAAUCACUUCAUAUCUUUCUUUCUACGAACUAAUUCUUUCUUCCUAUACUAUAUCCUUAUUGCAACCUUUGACCUAACCACUCCUAUGAAUCCGGUGUUCAUCUUGCUGUGCUAAUGAGGUAUGGCAACCUGGACCGAUGCACAUAUGUGCCUGGUCCUACGUUGUAGCUGACUGACUGACUGACUGACGCAGUUAAUAUUAAUUGAAUUUGAAUUUGAUUGAAUUAUCCCAUUGUUAAUAUUUCGACUGAAAUUUGAUCUGUUUUGGUUUUCGAUAUGUGCAUCUUGUACAGUCUAACUUCAUUAGCUAUUAUGACAGAAGUUAAUAUGGAAUAAAUAGACUCAGUAGCUGAAUGGAUAAGACGUCAUUGAAAGGGAGCGUACUGCGUUUGAGUCGUGGAGUGAACGUCAACUCAAGGAUGCAGGGACAUCCAUUUGACAAGUCCCAAAUAGGACGAAAUUUGCGUCCUGGCUUCCAUUACUAGCCACAUGUCAUCUAUUCGGCAUUAACAUACUUAAUAUUAUCCUUUUGUAUUUCGUUUAAUACUUUUGACGUACUGCUGAUUAUUGUUUCACUCUAAAGUGAAGUGGUUUACAGUCCAAAAGUAAUAGAUACCAAUGGCUCGUUAAGAUUUACAGGUACUCAUUAUUUCAAAUUAUAUUUAAUUAUUUUUCUUAUCAGCCUCGAAUUAGUUUCAAAACUCAUUAAUUUGAUCCAUGGUUCAUAUUUCACUGCUAUAAUUUUGUCAUUGUUCCACUUUGUAUUUAAUUUCAGUCACGAUCACUUUACUGUUUGUGUGAUGUCUGCCUAACUACUGCUAUCCUCAUUGGUCAGCGACAUUAGCUGGUAUAAGAAUAAGUUUGAAGAAAUUUAGGGACAGUCGAAUUGAAACAUUACCUAAGGGUUGAGAUGGCUCAAAAUUUGUCGCAGUGGCUCAGAUGCAUUGUUUUUUCUUCUCUCUUCAGAUAUCGAAUUCCAGCAUUCAUAGGAGUAAUGCAUAUUUGUCUUAGACGUGAUUGAUUUUAACUGUUGGUUUUUAAAUAUUUCAUUGUAUUAAAUCUGUGUUUUUCUCUUCCCCAUACGCUUCAGAGGAAAAGAUGACAAUCAACAUGGUCACAAAGAAGAUAAAAAUCUGUCAAGUAAUAAAUCUGAUCUUACAGAAUCCCAUGUUGUUAUAUGUGAUAAAAUUCGGCAGUCCAAAAAUGAUAUCCAUCUGUUGACAUCAUCUAAUGAUAAUAAAUCGUCGAAAUCUUUUCCCACCUCAUUAAAUAAUAGUGAUGUGAACAAACCUGUAAUUCCAGUAUUGUAGAGUAGCGUUGAUGUUUUGAAUUGAUUUAACUCACUAAUAAUGAUUAUCAAUUAAUUAUUAUUAUUUUAAGAAUGAAAUAUAAAAACAAAUUAAGAACAGAAUAUCUCCAAUUGUUAUGGAAAUUAGCCGUAUACAAUAUCCCUUUAAUCAUCUCAAUUAUAUUUCUAUAAUUGUUUUAGGAUGAAUGGAUACAAAUAAGAAUUCAAUUCAAAACGUUCCUUGUUUUUCGUUUUGCAUACAUAUAUAAUUUUAGUUCAAUAAAUACCAAAAUUACUACAAUAUAAUUAAACCCUUGUUGUAUACUAACUAUUAGUCUUCCUAUUUUCUUUUUUUUUCCUAUAUACAUAUACAUUGUGUUUAUAAUUUAUGUAUCAUAGUUUAGAUGAACAUUCUUAGUUACAUAAUACUGUCUUUUGUAUACGUUGACUGAAAAAAGAAGUUUUGUACACAUUACACUUGUAUUAUUACUGUUUUGUCUUAAUGCAUAUUUACAUAUAUAAAUGUACGUAGAUUAAAUUUCAUAGUUUUGGUGUAUGUGUGUGCAAAAACUUAUUUCAAUAAAAUCACAUUAGUUUGUAGAUUAGUUAAGUAAUUCUGCCCAUUUUUGCAUUUUAAAAGAAUAUUCAGUUUUACAUCUUUUGUUUCUUAAAUAAAAUACAUAAUCCAGGAUAU